CGGCGCCUUUGAGGACGUGGCUCGAGGACCCUUUUUCUUCUUUGAGCUCUUCGCAACUUUGCUGCUCUGGGUUGUUGUUUUUUAAAAAAAUUUAAAUUAUUAUUUUAUUUAAGGGCCUUUUUUUUUUCUUCCCCCCACGCGGGGCGAGUGGAUCGUGGGAAGCGAUUCAAAGAGGGGCGCCAUGGCUUAUCCCCCUGGAUAUGGGGGUCCAGGCUCCAAACACAGGACCAGGAUCCCCCCUGUGCCACAAUCUCCAGAUGCGCCGCAACUGUUCGACGACACCAGCUCGGGCUACGGGCCUCCCCACGCGGGAUACCCCCCGCCUGGAAUUGACAUGAGCUUCAACCAGAUUUUUGCCGACCCGGUUGCUAAUGUCGCCAUGGCUUACGGCUCCUCCAUUGCGUCCCAGGGCAAAGACAUCGUCCAUAAAGAGAUUCACAGAUUUGUUUCUAUCAACAAGCUUAAAUACUUCUUUGCGGUGGACACCACGUACGUGAUGAAAAAAUUAGGUCUAUUAAUCUUCCCUUACAUGCACCAGAAUUGGGAAGUUCGUUAUCAUCGCGAUAUUCCUCUUACUCCUCGCCAGGACAUCAACGCUCCCGAUCUCUAUAUUCCUAGCAUGGCCUUCAUUACGUAUAUUUUACUGGCUGGAAUGGCCCUCGGGAUACAGAAAAGGUUUUCCCCAGAGGUCCUUGGGAUGUGUGCCAGCACGGCCUUCGUGUGGAUGGUGAUUGAAGUUCUUGCCCUUCUCCUGGGUCUCUACCUUGCUACGGUCCAAAGUGAUUUGGGCACGUUUGAUCUUCUGGCUUACUGCGGCUACAAAUACGUUGGGAUGAUCCUCACUGUGGUCGGGGGCUUGGUGUUUGGCCUCAAUGGUUACUACAUCAGCCUGGCGUGGGCCUCCUGUUCUCUUAUGUAUUUCAUGGUUCGCUCUUUACGGAUGAAGAUCCUGACUUCCGUGGUGCAAGACGGACUGAGCCGGACCACCGGCCGGGUGCAGAUGUACAUCACACUAGGCGCCGCUGCCUUCCAGCCCUUAGUUUUGUACUGGUUGACGGCCCAGUUGGUGCAUUAAACGGAGGAGAUGAGACUUUGGGGGCGGUGCGAUUUGCCCUUUUUUUUUUUUUCCUGUUUUGGUUCAUAUCCCCCCCCCCCAAAUUUCCCCCCUUCCCCUAGUUCUGUCUUUCCCGCCCCCCCAACCCCCAAAUUCCAGUGUGGGAGGGGGCUCUCCAUGGAGAAGGACAAGUGGGGAUCCGUCCCCUUCUUGGAAGAAUGAAGCGAAAGGCAGCGGGUCAAUUCGCACUCGGGACUCCCUCCCAGGAGCAGCGGAGGCAGGCCAGCUGUCCGAGUUGACUGCUUG